GAUCACUCCUCCCAUUAAGAGCGACGCGUCAGCGAACUCCUAGACAACCUGCUGCUGUAAAGUGAAAACUAUCCUGUACACUCUACAACUUCUAAACGCUUGCCACGUCUGAUUCAUAACAACUCGCGUAAGUUUAUUUUCCUUUAAAAAUAUCCCAACGAGUUCGAAGAAGAGAACAGCUGGAGGCUUUUUACGGAAGCCGGUGUUACUUUGUUAAACAUGGCUGACGACUUCGGCUUUUCCGCCUCCGACAACGGAGUUCACGUGGAGGAGGACCCGGCCGCGGCGUUUCUCGCCCAGCAGCAGAAUGAGAUCGCGGUGAUCGAAAACGACGACGCCGGGUUCGGCGCGCUGGAUGACGCCGGACCUCCGCCCGCGGACGCGGACACGUACACGUCUUUCGGAGGUGAUUUUGGAGGAACAACGGCUGUAAACGGAGAUAUGUUCCAGGACGCCAACGGCACAGCUGACAGCUACUCAGCCAUUGCCCAAGCUGACAUUCAGAGGCAGGAACCAGAAAGCUUGCGCAAAUGGAGGGAGGAACAAAGGGAUCGGCUGGAACAAUUAGAUUCAGCUGCUAAAGCAGCUGAGGCCGUGUGGAGAGAGAAAGCCCAGAAGGAACUAGAGGAUUGGCAUGUACACCAGAAAGAACAGAUGGAGAAAAACAAAUCCAACAACAGGAUCGCUGAUAAGACUUUCAACAAACAGCCCAACUCUGAUGUCAUAGGCUUUGUAGUGUCAGAAACUGCUUUUCUGAAGGAGUGUGAUGACGACAGCCCCGGCACAGAAUGGGAGAAAGUGGCCCGUCUUUGUGACUUCAACCCCAAAACCAGCCGCCAGACUAAAGACGUGUCUCGGAUGCGCUCGGUGCUCAUUUCUCUGAAACAGACGCCUCUGGUUCGCUAAAACAUCUCCCUCUCGUGAUUUACUGGCUUUCUUUUUUUUUCCCUCUUGCACUUUAUUUUAAUGAAGCUGGACAUCUAACAGAGUAAAGGAUUUUUUUUUAGAAAGUGUACAAUUUAGUGUAUUUAAGCUUCAUAUUUAUGUACCCUGAUGUUUUAUGGUGUCAAGAGUAUUUAGUUUGGCUAUUCUACAUUUUCAGGAAUUUUAUACACGAAGAGAAAAAUUCAAGUGUGCCUCCGACUUUUAAAAACAAGUUAAUUUGUUUAUCACAUUAAUCCGCAGGGCAAUAGUUUUUUUAUUUUAGUCCAGUGAUUGUUGUGACUUUUCAGUUUACUCAAUAGUGAUUGUGGUGACAUUUACGGUACCCACAAAUCUCCAGACAGCGUUAUUAUUUUUGUUCCUGUGGUGGCCCAUUAAACAAGAAACCGAGGUGUUUUGUUACUUAAUAUGGACGCAGGUUUGUUUGCACCUCUCUCUUUAUGAAGUAUUUUAAACUUUCUUCAUAAACUCUACUAAAAUCAGUAUCAAGGUUUGGUAUUAUCUGCUUUUGUGCAUUUCUGCUCACUGUCAAGAGGGAAUUAGUUGUGUUCAUAAGUCUGCUACGGUUCAUUUUUUGUGGUUAUAAUUAAAUCAUUUAGUGAAUUAAAGUUAUGCAUGUAAUGUUUGUUUUUAUGUCUGAAGUGACCGUAAUAGUCAGCAGAUGCGAUUUUGCUGCAGGAUUAUAAGAUCACAGCAUUUAUAAUGCAUGGUUGUAUUACUCUGCCAUUAUAACAUUGGACAACAUAGAAAUCUACAUUACUUAUAUUUAGCACAUGUUCUUAGCAGUUUUCUCUGACGAUAUACAUAAGGGACAAAUAAUACCAGGUUUGAACCACAUCUUUAGCAAAAUGUAGUGUUUUGUAUGUAAUGUGGCCUCAGUCCAAUACAGCAAUGAAUACUGUGCCUGAACUUUUUGCUAACUGAGAUUUCAUGUCUGGCCUUCAUCACUCAAUCUGCCAAAAUCUGACGGCUAGAAAAGGAUAGCACAUAAAACAAUGCAGGUAGUGAUCCUUUUGUACAAAACACAUUUGCUGUUAGUUGAACGAGUUUGUCCAGAUGUUGAAAUUGUAGUUCUGCUUGUUACAUGACAUGUCUUGAAAUGUUACUGAUGGUUCCACAGAGUAGUUAAUUUUAAUUGCUUUUAAAACAACUCAAAUUUAUUUGCUUAUUUUGACAAGUUAAGGUCUAAAACAUCUGCUUAUGUUUAACCUGAUUCGGGGUCAUUUUUUACUACUCUAAUGAAAACAAAGUGCAGCUUGUUUGAUUAAGCUUUUUUUAUUUUAGCUUCUCAUAACUCUAUGAAUGAGUGUGCAUUGAUACAGACCAUGCAAUACUGAUGCAUAAUUUAAUAAAAGCCUCAAUUCAA